CCCAGCUGGCUGAACUAUAAGAGAAAACCUGCGAUCCCUGCUCUGAGCACGCCAGCUGACAGCACCUUUGUGCACACCCAUCAGCACAGCCACAGGAGUACCAGAAGUGAGGGAGUAGGAUUGGUUGGCUGCUUCUCGAAAUGAAGGGCUCCCUGGUCUUGCUUUGCGGGGUUCUGCUGGCAACAUGGGGUCCAGGACUGCCCGUGCCCACCCAAGACCUGCUGGAUGACGGGCAGCCACCUGGCAAACACCAGAGGGUGGCUUCAGUGGACGACGUCAACGUCUUGAUGUACGGGGUGCUGCAGUUCAGCCAGGCACUACACGAGAUGUACCACAGCACCAAUGACAAAUUUGCCCGUAUAUCCCACCGCCUGGAUUCAAAGGAGGAGAAGCUAGGCCUGCUGGGAAGGGAAAUGGUAGACGCCAAGACAGCGGAAGAACAAGUGAAGACAGCUGUCAGGCAGCUGCAGGUGGAGGACGCCGAGCUGCAGCGCCAAGCCAGGGGUAUUAAAAAGCUGUUUGAGAAGGUGCUGGAGCACCAGGAGUCCCUGCAGAAGCAGGUGAGCAGUGCGGAGAAGAGCGUGAGCACCAUGGAGAAGAGCUCAGUGCAGGUGCAGAUCUCUGUCCUCAAGGAGCUGAGCGAGAGACAUUACAAAGUUCUGAGGACCCUCGCAGUCCUGGUGCAGAGACAGAGGCAACAGGUGGAAGAGCAGAGCAGACAGCUGAUGCAACUGCAGCGCCUGAUUGACUCUUGAGUGAGUCAUGGUACAUCUGCAACUUACAAUUUCUUGAUGGCCACCCAGCAAGGACCCCAGGACCAUUCUAAGCUACAUGCGCUCCUUACAGGCUGGAGAUCUGUCAACGCUGAACAAUGAGCUGGGAGCAAUGGAAUUGAACACUCAUGAAAGGCACUCAGCAUGACCCAUAUUAAAGCUUGGUGCGUGGCCAACCGAAGGAUCCAGCUUUGUUCACAAACUUUCUUAUGGAAUCUCACGGAAUUAGACAGGCUAAUCUUCAGUAACUUUUUAAUGCAGGAGCCGUGACAUCUGUAGUGGAAUGAAGCAGAGGAUUUUUUUGUUUUAUUUUGUUUUCAAGGCAUGGGAGAAAUUUAGAAUUUUCUGGGCAAGCCUGUAAAUUAACUCUAUGAAAAAGAUAGCACUCCAGGUUCCCUAUCCACACUACAUGUCUUUUCUGCAGUGGUCCCAUUCCUGUAUUCCGACAAAUUGGAUGAGUGCAGACAAUUUAGAUUUGCGGGCAAUUGGGUUGUGGGAGUCUGAACAAGCUACACAGCCAUGCUGUAGAAGCCAAGCCAGGCUUCUUUCAGGAAACAGAUGGAUGAGAUCCUGAAAUCAAUUACUAAAUAACUAUCAAACAGAUUAGAUGAGUCAAUUGGUCUCAUUUGCUGCUGUGCUUAUGUUCUGAAAUUAUACUUCAAAACUCUGGAACACCACCCUGAAUUAAGAGACUUGUCAACCAUUUAUAUAUAUGUAGCCGAAAACCUUUUCAGGACGGUUUUGUAGUGAUUAUCUUCUGUUUUUACAUGCGGCAUUUGUCGAAUUUUAUUUUUAUUGUGAUGUGUUCUUUUUAUACAUUGUAAUGUGCUUCAAGAUGAUUAAAGAUGUUGUGUAAAAUAAAGUUUACAAUUAUGAAACCUA